AUGGCUGAAAGUCAUGAUAAAAAGAAGAAGAAGAACAAGGGGAUAUCCAACACAGUCAUUGCCCCUCUUGAGGAUGACUUGCCUGAGCAACCCACGGACCUAGUUAUUCCAGAGCUCGAAGAGUAUGCCCAGGUAGCUGAAUGUCCUUAUACGACUCCCAUCAUCACUCUCAAGGUGAACGACAACUACUACAGGAUUCCACAGCAGUACCUCCGACCAUAUAAAACUUUGCAAUUCGAACCGGAGGUUAUGCACAAUGAAUACUGGGGGAGUGAGCGCCAUUAUCACCGGCUGUGCAUUGAGCCGCAAAGUGCCCAUACCUUCAUUCAUUACUUGUACACUGGACUGUAUGAGACACUUAAAACCCCACUCAGCAUCCCUCAGUCAGCGGAAGACAUCCCCACAAUACUCAACACUCGUGAUAGAGAAGAGUUCCAGUGCGCAGCCUAUGUAUAUCAGGCUGCCGUUCGGUACGAGAUCCCAGGGCUACUAAGCAUGGCACAGCACUUUAUGGCCCGAUUUGCCGAGAGAUUGUCAAUAGACGAUAUUCUACGUGCCAUAAGAUGUGUGUACGGCAGCCUUCUCGAUGAACAUUCUGGACGCACGUGGCUUGAGGGUUUUGUUCGAGACCAGUUGAGAGUGGCAUUUAUAAAGAAGGAAGGAAAGCUGCGACAGAUCAUAAAGGACUUUGAGGUUGGAAAUAGUCGAAGUUUCGAUAAUUUCGUUGUUGAUGAGGUCUUGGCACUCUAUGAAAGGGAGCAAGACAGAAUGAGGAGCUUGGGCAAUUCAAGGGGAGGUCAUGAGCCUGUGCCUGAUCCUAUACUUGAGUCUGACUGUGAGCCUGAGCCUGCGUAUGAGCCUGAGCCUCCUCGUGAGCCUGAGCCUGCUUGUGAACAUGAUCCUGCUUAUGAGCUUGAGCCUCCUCGUGAGCCUGUGUGCGAGCCUGUAUGCGAGCCUGUGUGCGAGCCCGAGUUUGCGAAUGAGCCUGAGCCUGAGCCUGCAUGUUAUCCUGAGCCACUACUCGAACCCGAUACAGAAGUGGCGAUACCAGCUCCAGAACCGGAGCUAGAGCAAGAUCCAGAGCCUACUUUUAGGCGUAUCGUUAUAGCUCCUCAAAUAACAGAUAACCCUCUCUAUAACAACUGGAACAGUCUCUCCACCAAAGACAGGAAGAAGAGGGAAAAGAGCCUGAUCAAAAAUGGGCUUCCUAUCCCGGGUAAAGAUUUCGAAAUCCCCGUUCCAGAAAUAAACCCUGCUGUUCCAGAGCCUGAACCUGUGCCUCCGGCGGACCCCGAGCCCGAGCCCGCUCCCAGGUCCAGUUCAUCUUUUGGGUCUUGGGAUAUGCCAGUGGUGAGCGAUGAUAGAUUGACUGAGGCUCCUCCUCCUCCAGAGGCAGAACCUGAGGCUGAAACAGAACCCGUCACCAUGUCGAAUUCGUCUUUUGGGUCUUGGGAUACGCCAGCUUCAAGACAUGCUGGAUGGGGCUGA